CGUGCUGAAAAACAAGACCCAGAAAAAUCUGCUGCUUUGAAAAAGGAGUUGGAAUUAAGAAAAGAGUAUAAACUUGCCAUCAAAAAUCUGCAAGAGGAGUUGAAGUUAAAAAAGAAACUUGCAUUUAAAACAAAGGAAAUAGAACUAAUGAAAAAUAAGGAAAAAUUAAAUGUUGAAGAAAUCGUAAGGUUAAAAAAGAAAGUGAAUACCCUGCAAGAUAAACUCCUGUCUGCCUCCCGCAACUCCGCACAACCAAUAAUUAACACCCAAGAGAUUAUCAUGGACGAGAGCACCGUAGUGGUAAGCGAAAAUGACGUUGAAAUCAUGGAAAUAAGUGGAGAAGAAAUAGAUGAAAAAAAAUUGAAUGAAACUGAAACAAAUACA